GUAGUAAAAAUUUUUAUAAUAAUUUAUGAAUAAUAAGUUGUUAAAAUAACCUGUGAAUUUCGUUCCAAAAACACAUACGUAUAAAAUAUGACCGACGACGGGUGCGAUGUGCCGUACGACUCACACAGCAAAAGCGGCCCGACGGACAUAGAAAAACGACGACAACGAAGUUGAAGUGAAAAACAUUUUGGUUUGAAGAAUAUUUAUUAAAAAUUAUUAAAAAAUUUGAUAUAUGUAAGUGAUAAAGGUCCCAACUGGAAAAGAUAUAAUGGUUUUCAAUAUUUUAUUCAAGGAUCGUGUGACCAAGCCCCAGAAGAAAAUGUUAAUAACUCUUUUGCGUGAGACCAAAUAUAUGGAAGGCAAAAAAGAGAAGGAAUGGUAUUGGGAAAAGAUACAAUCUGCUUUAAACACCAUUGGCCCCAAAAAAACAAUAAUUCAAUGGAAAAAGUGUUGGAGAGAUAUGCGUUUAACAACGCGAAAAAAACUUGCCGAGCUAAAGCGUUGCCAACUUGCAGGUGGUUCACCCCCUCCUGGUAUCGAAUUGAAUCAAGAAGAUAACGAUAUUAUUGAUAUUGUUGGAACAGAAUAUUUUUACGAAGAAAUGAAUGGUGAACUAAAACCAGAAACAUUUAUGUCUAAUUUUGAUUAUGUGCCAGAACAUUUUUGUGAUGCUAUCUUGACAGCAGCUGCAAAUGGUCAACAUCAGCAUAUGCAACAUCCUAAAGAACAACAACAUGCUGCACAACAGCAACAAGAUCAUCAUACCAAUGAUGGCGAGACCAAUGACGCAGCGGGUUCAUCAAAUCACACGGAUACACAUGGAAACUCUUUUCAAAACUCCGGCUUGGGUCAAUUGCAAACUCAUAAUGGUGACCACAAUACUGGUGCAGGCACAUCACAACAACAUAGUAAUUUGCCUCAACAUCCUGCAUUUCAUGGUGGCCUUCAUCCACAUUUAUUGCGCCGACAACAACAUACCACUACCCCUAUUCAACGUGAAACAGUUUUUGAAGAGAAAUUAUUACAGCUUAUACAGGAAGCAUUUCCAAAAAAAUCUAAAAAACGAAAAAGCCGUGAUCCUGAUAAAUUAUUUUUGCUUUCAUUAUAUGAUGAAUUUAAACGUGUUCCGGAGGAAAUACGUCUUGAUGUGAAAGCCGAACUCAUACAGGUGUUGAAGAAAUAUCAAAAAAAGAUGCCAAUUAAACAAGAAAAAACGAAUUCACAAUCGUCAACUUCUACCAGUGUUAAACAAUCUCCAACGCCAACCAGUGAUAAGAUACAGUUGCCCCAUAAUUCACAGUUAUCGCAUGGAAUGUAUCAAUUGCAAAAGAAAUAUGACAAAAAUGAAAAAGAACAAUCACCACAAUCACAAAUUGAACGUGUACAACAUGGUCGUGAUGCUGCCGGUGCUACGACAACUGUAGCUAUACAUCCUUCUCAACAAAUACCACAUUCACUUUUCCAGUUACAAAAAAAAUAUGAAGAAAAUAAUGAAAAAGUUCAUCAACAAAGUGACCAACGCAAGCAUGUUGAGGCAACACAUCAGCAACAUACCGCUCAUCAACAACCGCCUCCUCCACCUUCCAAUGAGCAACAUUUGCACCACACACAAAUGCCUCAUGGAAUUAUGUUUCCAUUGACGCAGAUUCGUAACGAACAAUCUGCAACACAACAACAUCAUUCACACAAUCCACAUCAGCAACCACAACAACAUCCACAUCAACAAACACAACAUCACGCUCCACAAAUUUUUGGUACAUCAACUGCACCAACUUCAAUGAGUACAGAUCGGCCGUCAAUGGCCUAUGAAAAUGUCGGAUGAAUGUUGAGUCGCUUAUGGGAGGCCGCGUGGGAGGCACGCUUUCCAACAACUUUAUUGCAGGAAGGUGGCAAUUGUUAGUUAUAAGCAUAAUAUUAAUAAUAUAAACAAAAAA